AUGUCCGCCAAAUCCACAACAACAGCAAAGGCCGCCGCGCCAAAUGACCAGCGACCCGCCAAACAAUCUGGAGCGAAGAACGCAUACCUCCUCGCCUACAAUGCCGCUUCUGCAGCACUGUGGGCAGGCGUGCUGUACCAGACCGUGACGAUCGGCGCGAACGAAGUGGUCAAUGCACAAAAGGCCGGCGCGUUCUUUGGCAGCGACGACUGGUUCACCGCAACGCGACGAGGACUGGCAAGCGGGAAGGUGUAUGAUGGUCUCGAGGGAUACACGAGGACUGUACAGACACUCGCUGGACUGGAAGUCCUGCACAGUCUAGUUGGCCUCGUUCGCGCCCCGCUCCUAACGACCCUCAUGCAAGUAGCCUCCCGCUUCCUGCUCGUACACCUCAUCGCCUCGCCUCCCGCGUUCCCCUUGUCUACACGCCACUCCCCCGCCUACGCUACCAUGCUGCUUGCUUGGAGCGUAACAGAAGUAAUACGCUACUCGUACUUUGUCUUCUCGCUGUCUGGCGUCGGAGUGCCCAAGCUGUGGACUUGGCUACGGUACAACACUUUCUUGGUUCUGUAUCCGUUGGGUAUUGCGAGUGAGUGCUGGUUGGUGUACAGCGCGAUUCCGCUGGCAAAGGAGAGGAACGAGAUGUUUGCGUAUGCGCUUUGGGCUAUACUGGCGAUUUAUGUGCCGGGCUCGUAUAUCUUGUUCAGUCAUAUGUUGGCGCAGAGGAGGAAGAUUGCGAGGCAGAAUAAGAGGGUGUGA